AUGCCUGUGAACGCUGGCGUCCCCCAAGGCUGUGUUCUUUCACCCACACUAUUCCUUCUGCAUAUCAAUGACAUGUUACAAAUUAGUAACAUUCAUUGCUAUGCAGAUGAUAGUACUGGAGACGCCUCUUACACUGGCCAUGCUAACUUCUCGCAAGAAAUUGUCGAUGAGUGCAGAAACACUCUUGCGUUGAAAAUUGAAACUCUUUUGGGAGAAGUUUCAGAGUGGGGUCGUCAAAACCUCGUCGAGUUUAACCCCGCUAAGACGCAACUAUGUGCUUUUACGGCCAAAAAAAAGCCAUUUGAAUCAGCUCCCCUCUUUUUGAACACUCCCCUCAGCGUCAAGCCUAGCAUCGCAAUUCUUGGCGUCAAUGUUUCUAACGAUGUUCAGUUUCGCGAUCAUUUGGAAGGUAAAGCUUCUCUAGCUUCUAAAAAACUGGGCGUCCUUAAUAGAGCGAAGCAGUACUUCAGGCCUGACCAUCUUCUUUUACUUUAUAAAGCUCAGAUACGGCCACAUAUGGAGUACUGCUCACAUCUCUGGGCUGGUGCCCCGUUUUACCAACUCCUUCCACUUGAUCGCGUACAACGUAGAGCAGUUAGAAUGAUUGGCGACCCAAGAAUUAGCGAUCGGCUUGACCCUCUUGCUUUGCGAAGGGACAUUGCCUCGCUGUGUGUCUUCUAUCGCAUAUACCAUGGGGAGUGUUCAAAUGAGCUAUUCGAGCUCAUACCUGCUGCGGAAUUCCACCACCGCACCGCCCGCCAUAAAGCCAAUUUCCAUGCUCAUCAUUUGGACCGCUGGCGAACGAGUACCGUACGCUUCUCGCGACACUUUUUUCCACGUACCACCACCCUGUGGAACAGUCUACCAAGUUCGGUAUUUCCGCACAUGUAUGACAUAGACUUAUUUAAAAAGAGAGCCUACACCCACCUUCGAAAGUCGGUAACAGCCUCACAAAGGUAACUUUGUGAGUGCUCAUGGGCGGUGGUGAUCACCUCACUAGGUGACCCACCUGCUCCGUUACCCGCUCUAUUAUAA